AUGGCAUAUGAUAUUUAUGAAGAUGUUGACGACACAACUGUUCCUGCAGGUGAGGUAAAGUCAGAGAAACCGAAAAGUGACGAAAAACCGAUAGAAGAAGAAAAACCAAAAACUGAAGAUAAACCAAAACCAAAGUUUAGUUUCCAAACUAAACCAAGUCAACCUUCAUUAGCUGGUAUGGGUUGGCGUCAAAGACUUAUGGCAGCAGGCGGUUAUGUAAAGUAA